AAGCCUCAGCAGUAGUAACAUCUAUGCUACGAUGACCAGUUGCAAUCAGUUAACGGUAUUACUGUUAGUAACUCUCGCGAUUUGCACGAUUGCUCAGGAAAUUGAUUUUGAUGAUAGCGUUUGUGGUCGCCAGUUAGUUUCGUUGGAAGGUUUGAUUAAAGGAGGCUUCAAGUCUCGUGCUGGUGAAUGGCCGUGGCAUGUAGCGCUUUUCCACCGAGUCGGCCAUAGUGAUCAGUUCGGUUACCAAUGCGGGGGAAGUUUAGUGCACAAAUACCUGGUCCUAACUGCUGCCCACUGUGUCACACUGAGAUCCAGUAGGAAACUUAAAGCAACCAGUGAUAUUCUUGUGAAAGUAGGUCGAUUCAAUAUAUCGGAAGAACACGAGGAACAGGGACGGGAGCAUGCGGUGGAAAAGAUUGUGACGCAUUGGCGCUAUAAGCCCCUAACGUAUGAAAAUGAUAUUGCGAUCUUGAAGAUGUCAGUUCCAGUUAUUUUCACAGACUUUGUUCAGCCGAUUUGUUUAUGGAAGCGAGAUGAUGGUAUCGUGCUGCCGGAUAUUUACGGUCUUACUGGAACGGUUGUCGGUUGGGGUUUGACGGAUGAAAAUAAAAUUUCCUCUUUGCUGAACACGGCUAGAAUGCCGGUGGUAUCCACAUUUGAUUGCUUGGAGAGUGAUCGUAACUUCUUCGGAAAUCUUCUGUAUGCUAAAGCGUUUUGUGCCGGCUUCAAAAAUGGUACUGGAGUUUGUAAUGGCGAUAGCGGCGGUGGAAUGUAUUUCCAACAUUUCGGACAAUGGUAUCUACGUGGGGUUGUCUCCUUUAGCAGUAUUCAGAACGUGUCCCGAAUUUGCGACCUCAAACAGUUUGUAGGGUUUACCGAUGCCGGUCAAUAUCUAGAUUGGGUGUACGAAAACGCACCGAUCAAUCAAAACAGCGAUCCAGUACUCGGACAUCCGAAUAUUCAUCUUAUCAAUCAAGGCGAUUGUGGAAAAAAUGAGUACGCAUUCGAUCUGCAGGAGGAGAAGAAACCGAUUAUACAACAGUACCUGUGGAUGGCAGCACUGCGACAUCCAUUCCAAUCUGCAUGGUAUGUCCCAUGUAACGGAGUUUUGAUCAAUAAAAACUAUAUCCUGACCACUAAAUGUGUUAGCUGGAAUGAAGAUGUGGCUAUCACCUUGGGAGAUUAUAUUACAAGUCAAACGCGGGAUUGCGAAAAACGCAACGAUGACAUAUACUUUUGCCUAGAUCCCACACAAAGCUUAGGCGUAUCAGAGUAUUUUCAAAAAGAUGAGUUGAUUUUAGCUCGGCUAUCUUCACCGGCUUGGAUUGGCCUGCGGAGUCACAUACAAGCCGUUUGUUUACCGACGACCCCGGAGCAACGAGAACGAGUUUACCCGCAGUACAUCUUGACGGGUUGGAAGGAAUCGGGUAAUGAUUCAAAGUAUCUGCAACGGCAACUAAUUGACACCAUUCCUCAGCAAACCUGUCAAAUGGAAAUGGCUAACCGUCAGGGCGCGAGCAAUCAACAGAGGAAUAUCAGUGAUUCAAUAGUUUGCGCACGCAAUGUCGAUGUGAAAGGUAGAUCUCCUUCUUGUAAUGACUAUCAACCCGGGACGGCGAUUCAGGCAAUCGAGGAGAAGUCCAAUCGAUACUUUCUGUAUGGCAUACAGACAAGCAUUUCGUACUGCAGCAAGCCUGAGUUGUUCAUUGCGGUAGCUAAGUACGUUGAGUGGAUUCUUGACAACAUGAGACCUUAAGAAAGGAGUAAUUCUGUUAACGAGUUUCGGAUGUGUUGUAGUUUUAGGCAUUGCAAAAGUGUGCCAUUGCAAACUCUUACUUUACUUUAUACACCAGAAUGUCUAUCAUUGCAGCGUCGAACAAUGCAGUCUUGUUUUUUUUUUCGAAGUGCAAUUCUGACGUUUGUGAUAAAUUUAGAUAAUAACUUCGCGUAGAGUUGCAGUUCUUAACGGGUCUCAACCAGUGUUACUACAGGUAAAGUUGAGUCUAAAAUGAAACAUAGUUAUCAAAUCCCUCUGUGCAAAUUAUGUGCCUUAAAGAUUACAGGUUUUUGUUAAAAAAUACAGACAAUUUUUUUCCAAUAUAAUAGCAAUAAAACGUAACAUCGCAAUAGAUUCAGCGACAGCACUCUGAACGCAUUUUUGCAAACCAAGAACAUAAUAUUGAGCAAGGAGGUCAUAGCUGAAAACUGACACCUACUAGCUAAGCCAAUGCUUUGCAAAACAGUGUACAAAAGGCAAUAAACCUUCUUUUGAGAUUUACAAAAUAAAUAAAUAAACAACUUCGUGCAGCAGCGGAUGUUAUUCAGGCGGAGCGUCCUCCGGAGUCUAAAGUAGGCAUGAUUUCCUGCCAUAGGACGUCGACGAAUUUCUCUGCAGUCAGCACUAAGCCCAGCUACGCGAACUCGUCUACCACCUCGAUUUCAUCACCGCCAAUAUGAAUUCAUGGUGGGAGGCUGAUACUGUCUACUCUGGAACCUCUUUCUCUCAUGUACUUAGUCUGCGUGCGUUUAUGGCCAGUACAAUUCGCCUGGCUUCAGCCUUUCUCAAGGGUUGGAGCUACAAUAUCAAUGUCAUCGGUGAAGCCAAAAGGCUAAACAGACCUCCUGCCACUCGUGUCAAUACCAGCCCUACGUAUCCCACCUUCCAAAGCGAUGUUGAAUAGCAUGUACGAUAAUCCGCCACCUUGCCGUAACCCUCUUCGAGAUUCGAAAGGAUUCGAGAAAGUUCCCGAAAAUCGAACUACGCACAUCACCCGAUCCAUCGUCGACAUGACUAACCGUGUCAGUUUAUCCGGGAAAUCGUAUCGUGCACAGCUGAUCUCGAUCGAUGGUGUCGUACACUGAUUCAAAAUAGAUGUGGGCACGUUGUAGUCAUGGCAUUUCUACAUAACCUUCCGAACCGCGAAUGUCUUAUCCGUGGUCCUUCUCCACCUCCAGGAAAUCGAGGGCCGGAAUCCUGCUGUCUUCUGCUCGUGCACUAUGAUCAGUUGCCAUACCGUCCUCGAGCUCUGCUGCAUCGCUGUUCAGAUGCCCAUCGAAGUGCUGCUUCAACGUUCAUCGUUCGAAAAGAG